AUUAAAUUAUCAUUCAUUCAUUUUUUUUCAUCUGUUUUUGUUGUGUAUCACAUUCUCUAUAGGUAUCACAUUAAUAUUAUAAUAUAUAACCAGUUAUUUUAUUUUAGAGCGUUUAUUUUAAAAUUAUGAAGAAACAAUCAAUUAUAAACUCUUAUUUUAAGUUAAAGUUAAACAAAUGUCAAGCAACAUCACCUCUACAAACUACUAGUAAUACUACAUCAGAAAUUUCAGAAACUGAUUCUUCUCAUAAUAUGAAUGAAGCUAAUCUAGAAAAUCAAGAGGAGGAAGAUGGAGUAGGAGAUUAUGGUGUUUCAUUAUUACAUUUUGAUUUUAAAACAAAUAAAGACGAAGAAGAGACUCAAUCAUCUUCAUCUAGCAGCUCAGUCUCUCAUUGUCAAGAAGCAACUAUGUCAAAAAAGUCCUCUAAUGGUUCAAUUCAAAUCCCUGGUGACCUUGGCCAGAAUAAACCAAAUCAAAUCAAAUUAAACAAUUACGCGAAAAAAGAUAUCCAUGGAAGGCAAAGAUCAUUUCAAAAAUCAUGGUAUAGAGUCCGAGACUGGUUGGAGUAUAGUGUAGAAGCUGACGCUGCCUUUUGUUUUCCAUGUAGGAAAUACUUGUGUAAUCCAAGUGAUGAAUUUGGACAAACGGGAUUCAGAAAUUGGAAAAAUGCGUUAGCUGCCAAGAAGGGACUGCUUAAACACGAGAGCUCAAAAGCUCAUUUAAAUUCAAUUACAAUAUGGCAUGAUAAAAAUCAAAAUAUAAACAAUGGUACAGAAAUAACUAAAAUGUUGGGAGGUGAUCAAAUUAAUCGUAAUCAAUAUUAUAUUAAAUCAAUAUUUGAUUUGAUGCUGUUUCUUAGCAUACAAGAGCUACCUUUCCGUGGGACUGGUUCAACAAAUAUUACGGAUGCUGCAAAAGAUGAAAACAUAAUUUAUUCUUCUGGACUAUUUAUAGCAAUGUUUUCCUACACCAUCCAAAAAGACCCUGAAUUAAAUAAAAUUAUGAAAUUUAUACCCCAAAAUGCCCAGUAUACAUCACCACAGAUUCAAAACGAAGUAAUAUCCAUUAUGGCAGAUAUGGUGCUUGAACAUAUUUCAGACAAAUAUAAUAAAAGCGAGAUGCCUUUUUUUUGUCUUAAGGCCGAUGAGACAAAAGAUGCUUCAGGUUGUGAAUAUCUGAGCAUAAUAAUUCGCUAUAUUUUUUCUGGAGAAAUCCAAGAAAAUUUAAUAGGAAUCAUUAAUUUAGAGUGUCUUUCUGCUGAAAGCAUUACAGAUUGCAUUUUAAAGCAACUUAAUGAUCUAAAUAUUAAUUCAGCUAAUAUAAUAAGCCAGGCAUAUGAUGGUGCAAACGUUAUGUCUGGCCGAAAUGGAGGAGUGCAAACACUUCUUCAAAAAAAAAUUAAUAAAAAUGUUCCUUUUAUACAUUGCUACAACCACAAGUUGCAUCUUGUGGUUCAAAAUUGGUAUAAUAAUAUUGUUAUUAUUUCUAAUUUUUUUAAUUUAUCAAAUGCAUUGUAUAAUUUUUUCAGGCGUUUUAACGUAUCCUGUAAAUAUACAGGCCACACCCUUAAGAGACUUUUAGACCAGAAAUGGACUGGUCAUUUAGAAACAUCUCGCAUUAUUUAUGAGAAUUUUGAGGCUAUCUUAAUUCCGAGAGGUGAUAAUUCUUUUGCUUUGAUUAUGAUUAAGGCUGAAAAACUUUUAUCAAAAUUUAAUCUCACUCCCCAAAAAUCAUCACGGGUACGUAAAACGCCUAAAAAUUUCCAAGAUUUUUUAGUUGAUAGCAAACUAGAAUUCGAUUGUGAAAAAGACUCCAAUUGGAGUUCUUUAAAAAGGAUAUAUUAUGAAAUUAUAGAUAACUUUGUGGAUCGUUUUUUAGACCGAUUUACAGAAGAUGAUUUUAAUCUUUUUUCAUCUUUUAAUACAUUGUUCCCCCUUGACCCUGAUUAUUUUUUAUCAGAUAAAAUGGCCCCAUUAAAAUCCCUGUUAAACUUAAAUAUGGAAACACUGCAUCAUGAAAUGAAGAUAGCAAAAGGAUUGCUAGCUUCGGAAGCUAAAGAAAAUCAUAAUUUUGAAAACAUCUUACAUAUUAUCAGCGAUAAUCAUUGGGAUAUCAACGGCUUCUUGUGA